AUGGCAGACGAUAUCUCACGGGAAAACCGAGACCGGAUAGACGUUGACACCGAGAAAGAACGGAUUGAAAAUGUCGAACAUAUUGCCUCCCCACAGCAAGAUGGCACUCCUCAGAUGGAUCCUGCUCGCCGGAUAGUCGUCGAGAAGAAGCUCAAGCGCAAGCUCGAUGCCCGUUGCAGUCUUUUUGUCGCGAUCUACAUUAUGAACUAUUUGGAUAGAAACAACAUGGCUGCUGCUCGUUUGAAGGGUCUGCAGGAAGAUUUGAGCCUCACCAACACCGAGUACUCAACAUGUCUGAGUAUCCUCUAUGUCGGCUACAUUAUCAUGCAGGUUCCUUCCAACAUGUUCAUCAACCGCAUCAGUCGCCCCUCGCUCUACAUUGCCGUAGCUAUGUUAUUGUGGGGCCUUAUCUCCACCCUGUCUGGAAAUACCAAGAACUUUGGUGAUAUGGUGGCUGUCCGUUUCCUGCUGGGAUUCAUCGAGGCGGCAUUCCUGCCCGGUGCCCUGCUCAUCCUCUCCAAGUGGUACACGCGCCGCGAAUUGACUACCAGAAACGCCAUCUUGUUCUGUGGUAACCUUAUCUCCAAUGCAUUCUCUGCUCUCGUUGGUGCCGGUGUGCUAUCCAACAUGCAAGGUGUCAUGGGCCACGCCGCGUGGCGCUGGCUCUUCUGGAUCGAGGGCGCUGUGACUAUGUUCCUUGCCAUCCUUGCCGCGUUUAUCUUGCCUGAUCUGCCGCACAAUGCACGCGGCUUCACGGAGGAAGAGCGCCAAGUUGCGCAACUUCGCAUGAUUGAGGACGUCGGCGAGGCUGACACCGACAGUGAAGAACUUGGUGCCUUUGGGGGACUACUCAUGGCUCUCAAAGACGUGAAGAUCUACGUGAUGAUGUUGACCUUCACGGCUUAUGUUGUCGGACUCAGCUUUAAUGCUUUCUUCCCUACGCUCACUGGUACUCUCGGAUUCGGAUAUGUCCCAACUUUGCUGAUGAGCGCUCCUCCCUGGGUUUUCUCCUGUAUUGUCUCGGUGAUCAACGCAUGGCAUGCAGACAAAACACAAGAGAAAGUCUGGCACAUCUUCGGCCCGAUCGCCAUGGGAGCGGUUGGUUUCGUCAUCUGCAUGGCCACCAACAACGUCGCAGCUCGCUACGUGGCUCUAUUCCUGCAGGCUGGUUCUUAUGCAGGGUUCAUCGUAUUCUACUCAUGGAUCAGUUCCUCAUUCCCCCGUCCUCCUGCCAAGCGAGCCGUUGCCAUUGCCAUGAUCAACGCCUUCAGUCAACUUGGCAACGUCGCUGGCUCGUACGUCUGGGACUUGGAAGAUAAUGGGUACCGCUCAAGCUACGGAAUUGUGCUGGCUAUGUUCGGUGUGACAGUCGGUGGAUGCUGGUAUUUCCGCUCGAUGCUCGUCGGGUUGAACCACCAACUCGAGGAGGGUGAGCUUGCCGAUGUUGCUAGAGGAGAGCCUACUGAGAACGAUAUCAUCGAUAGCCCAGACGAGUCGCUGCGUAUGCGCAAAGGUUUCAGGUAUCUAGUUUAA